AUGUCUUUUAUCGGCAGUCAACUCACGAUUAAAUGGCAAGUACGGGCCUUCAUCCUUGCUUUUCUCAUUGACGCGACGGUCUGUCAGAUCCGCUACUCUGUCCCAGAGGAGAUGAGAAAGGGUUCCUUUGUCGGAAAUGUGGCUGAAGAUUUAGGUAUCAACGUUAAAAGACUGAUAUCAGGCGGUGCCCGAAUAGUUAGCGGUGACAGCAGCGAGUAUAUCAGGCUGGAUGUAGACAAAGGGAUUCUAGUCGUGGGAGAAAGAAUAGAUAGAGAGCAGCUCUGCGGGCAGACAUCGCCCUGUAGCAUGAAUUUCGAAAUGAUUUUGACGAAUCCAAUGCAACUACACAGCGUUGUAGUGGAAGUGUUGGAUGUUAAUGAUAACGCGCCCGUGUUUCAUGAGAAGGAAGUGCAUUUAGAAAUAGUGGAGUCUGCUCUUCCAGGAACAGAAAUCUUACAAGAGAGUGCCACCGACCUUGAUGUUGGCAUCAACGCUUUGCACGGAUAUACGUUACAGCCAACAACACAUUUUAAUAUUAAGGUCCUGUCCAGCCCAAAUGGUCAUAAAUAUGCACAGUUGUAUCUUUCUAAUGCUUUAGACCGCGAGAAGGAUGAAAAGCUGCUUCUCAUGCUAACUGCUGUGGACGGUGGUGAACCACAGAGAUCAGGGACACUAAAAAUACAUAUAACUGUGCGAGACACAAAUGACAAUGCUCCGGUUUUCACGCAAUCAAUUUUUAAGGCUUCUGUUAAAGAAAAUGUUCCAAAAGGAACCUUAGUGGUGAUCGUGAGCGCAACAGAUGCAGAUGAGGGGAUGAAUGGGCAUGUUACAUACCAUUUUAAUCGCAUGGCUAGUAAUGUUGCUGAACUGUUUCAUCUGGAUGAAAACAGUGGAGAUUUAACUGUAAACGGUAUGAUUGAUUAUGAAGAGAAUAAAAUAUAUGAGAUAGGUGUCCAGGCGAAAGAUCAAGGUGGACAAAGCACAUCAACAAAAGUAAUAAUUGAAGUGAGGGAUGUGAAUGACAAUAACCCUGUAAUAGCACUGACCUCGUUUUCGAGUGCCAUCCCUGAGGAUUCCCCCAGCGGGACUACAGUGGCGAUCAUUAACGUUAAGGAUCUAGAUUCAGGCAAAAAUGGCAAAGUUGAUUGCUCGAUAAACGACUAUAUCCCGUUCGCAAUCCACUCAUCUCUAAAGAAUUAUUAUACUCUGGUGACAAACGGUGCCCUUGACAGGGAGCGUAAUCCUGAUUACAAUAUCACUUUUACGGCUGUUGAUGAAGGUAGCCCACAACUCUCGACUAACAAGACAUUAACACUUCGAGUAUCCGACGUCAAUGAUAAUGCCCCAGUAUUUGAACAGAGUUGUUAUGAAGCUAACAUCAUGGAGAAUAACUCCCCAGGAUUAUCUGUGUUUUCAGUGAAAGCACGCGACUCUGACUCCGGGCAGAACGCACGCGUGUCUUACCUGCUUAUUGAUACUCAGUUAAAUGGUAACCCCAUAUCCACUUACAUAUCUGUUAACGCAGAAAGUGGAGUAAUACAGGCAGUUCGAUCAUUUGAUUAUGAGCAAAUUAAAACUCUAAAUAUUUUUGUGAAAGGACAGGAUGGGGGUUCCCCGCCUUUAAGCAGCAAUACCACAGUUAAAUUAAAUAUUCAAGACCAGAACGACAACCCCCCUCAGGUUCUGUACCCAGUCCAGACUGGUGGCUCUCUGGUGGCUGAAAUGGUGCCUCGUUCAGCAGAUGUGGGCUAUCUGGUCACUAAAGUGGUGGCUGUUGAUGUGGACUCUGGACAGAAUGCCUGGCUCUCCUAUAAACUGCAGAAAGCCACAGACAGGGCGCUGUUUGAAGUGGGCUUACAGAAUGGAGAAAUAAGAACUAUCCGCCAAGUGACUGAUAAAGAUGCUGUGAAACAAAGACUGACUGUUAUAGUGGAGGACAACGGGCAGCCCUCUCGUUCAGCUACAGUCAUUGUUAACGUGGCGGUGGCGGACAGCUUCCCUGAAGUGCUGUCGGAGUUCACUGACUUUACACACGACAAGGAGUACAAUGACAACCUGACUUUUUACUUAGUGCUGGCUUUGGCUGUAGUUUCCUUCCUCUUCAUCACGUGUUUAGUGGUUAUUAUAUCA